AUGAGAUCCCUACCAGGGGCAAGUGCAGAACCAAUCACCUAUGACAAAGCCUGCCACUCCUGCCGGAAAUUAUGGGGGUGUCAGUUGGCACCUUGACCCCUGAACACAACAGCCUGUUUAGCUGACCAUCUCAUCAGCAAGCUCCCUUGCAUGUCCUAGGCAGCCAGCAACACCUCCCUGAGCCCAGGGAUCUCAGGGUGUCCACUCCUGCUAAGCUGGUUCUUCCUCCCUUGGCUCUCCUGGCUGUGCCAUGCUAGUUCUGAGCUGCUGCUGCUGGCUUCCAUCCUACUCUCAUAUCCAGCCUACAUUAUCUUUCAUAUGUUCAUCUCCUCCAGUAACCCGACAGCUGGUAUUCUCACAGACUCUGUUUUCACUACCUACACCAGUACCACCUUGUCCUUCAUGGCCACUGCGCUGCACAGCUACCUAACAGUCGCUCGUUCUCUGCACUUCCUCUCCUUCAUAUUCUGUGAAGCUAUCCAGAAUUUGAGACUGGGCAUCAAGUUGAGCCAUGGCUCCCUAGUCACUGUCACACACAUCUUGUGCAUUUUCUUUCUAUGCACAGCUAUCACCUACUGUUUCUGCAUGAUCUAUGCAGGGGUCAGGAUUUCAGGUUUCUGUUCAGGCUAUUCCCAGGAAAGCAGCACUCUCCUUAUCCCAGUGCUAAUCACACUGUAUGUGAGCUCAGUGGUGGCAUUUUCCCUGGAUAUUGUGCUGACCAAGAAGCACCACAUUGAUGCCAGGACUGACAUAUGGCUCACAGCAGCCAGCAGUGAGGUGCUCUUGGCUUCAUGGCUGCUGGGGAUAGUCUGGGGCCACUUCUCAUCCAGGAGGCACAGUGACAUUUUCACCAUUUUUUAG